CCUUUUCACUCGCGCUAUGUUCACCGGCUCUCUCCCAUUCAAGAUGUCGGCGACGUCUAUGUUCCCCAUGUGUGUCCGGGCGAGCAGGGGCCUCCUCAGGCUCAGGAACCGGGGCAGAGGCGGUUCAACCCCCACAGUGGUGGACUUGAUUCGGGCACUUUCCACGGAUAAGCCGCCAACAGGAGAGGGCAGUGCUACUGGUGGACUUGCUCAAGCAAUCUUGCAAGAGAGGCUUCAGCAGCAACAGAAGAGUCAGGACCAGCCUCCUCCAGAGGGGGAUGGGGACUCGGAGCAGAAGCAGGACCAGGGAGAGGACAAGAAACAGAAGGAGAACACAGCCUAUGCCAAGAAGAUGGUGAUGCGGUUAGCAGGCCUGAUGGGGAUAGGGGGUGCGGUCGGCAUGGUUUACAUAUUCGGUAGCAAUUCAGUGGAUGAACAAGGAAACACGAUUCCAGAUGAGUUUGACAAUGACGCCCCAGUUAUCCAGCAGUUGAGAAGGACGUUCAAGUAUUUCCAAGACUACAGACAGAUGAUCAUUGAGCCCACGAGCCCGAAGCUGCUUCCUGACCCCCUGAGGGAGCCCUACUACCAGCCCCCCUACACCCUGGUCCUGGAGCUCACAGACGUCCUGCUGCACCCCGAGUGGUCGCUGGCUACAGGCUGGCGCUUCAAGAAGAGGCCAGGCAUCGACUACCUGUUCCAGCAGCUAGCCCCUCUCUACGAGAUAGUAAUCUUCACCGCAGAAACAGGCAUGACGGCGUACCCUCUGAUUGACAGCAUCGACCCCCAGGGCUUUGUCAUGUACCGCCUCUUCAGGGACGCCACACGUUACAUGGAGGGACAUCACGUCAAGGACGUGUCGUGUCUGAACCGGGACACCUCCAAGGUGAUCGUGGUGGACUGUAAGAGGGAAGCCUUCAGCCUGCAGCCUUUCAACGGCAUGGCACUGACGAAGUGGGACGGCAACUCAGAGGACCGAACACUCUACGACCUAGCUCAUUUCCUCAAGACCAUUGCUCUCAGUGGAGUGGAUGACGUGCGUUCUGUCCUGGAGAACUACGCACUGGAAGACGACCCAAUAGAGGCCUUCAAACGCAGACAAGCGCAGCUAGCACAGGAGGAGGAGCAGAGGUUGGCAGAGCUGGCCCAGCAGAAGAAGCAGGGCAUCUCCUUGGGCUCCAUCGCCGGACGGUUCUGGCGCUCCAAACAACAGUGAGUGGGCCUCUCACUCGCACCCACCAAUCAGUCACUGGCAGCGUGGGGGAGGAGACAAGGAGAGACCAUCCAAUCAGCUGGACUUUUGACUGUCACAGGCAUGUCUUGGGGGGAUGAGCUGGAAAGGAGCAAGAAUCCAAAAUAACAUUCUGGUACCUCUGUCGCCAGCGAAGUCACUUCCUGGAUCUCAGAUGCUCGGGUGUAGGUGGCGCAUGCCCCCAUCUGCUUCCAUUGGUCCUCUGUUGGCACUGACAUUUACAAAAUGGUGCUGAGUGGUUACAGACAUUAUUGAUUGAACCGUUUCAGUCCACCACAUUAGUUAAUCCACUUCUACCCACCGGCCGGUCAUACGGGGAACUGACCAGAGAACAGUGCUCUUAUCUGCAACUCCAUGCACUUGGAUCUGGUGCUCCGGAAUGAUGGAGUUCGAUCAGCUUUGUGCAACAGUUUCCAUUUUUAAAAAUGUAUAUCUAAGACUGAGCUGGUCAGGGUUUAGGAUAUGAAUAUUAUUAUUAAACCUGUUGCACUCUGAGACUCUCUAAGCUUCUUAUCUCCACCAAUGAGAAGUCAUUGCUUGGACAGGCGCUGUUGAUGCCAACGGGACUGUGUGCAACAGAGGCUGGAGCUUGCGCUGUAGGAAUGAGUGGGAGAGACAUUUUCAGCAAAUCAAGCCAAGGCAAGCCAUGUGAAAUUGGGCUGGAGCCACGCAUACCAAGUGAAAAUGGAUCCUCGUGUCUUAAUAUGUGCUUGUUGAAUGUUCUGUGAGAUUCAGUUUAUGUGAACCAUUCACAAAGUCCCAAAUAAAGAAAAAAACUAAUCUA